AUGUUACGACCAAACCAUGCUACUGCCAUAACCUCUCCGUGCCACUUCAUCUCGCUACCAUACCAAGUCCUUGCAACAACCUGUCCCUUCCACACCAUGUUGCUACCAAACCACAUUCCUGCCAUAACCAAUCCCUGCAACACUAUGUUUCUACCAAACCAUGGUAGUGCCAUAACCUCUCCGUGCAGCACCAUCUCGCUUCCAUACCAUGUCCCUGCCUCACCAUGUCCCUGCCUUACCAUGUCCCUGCAACACCAUGUCCCUGCCUCACUAUGUCCCUGCAACACCAUGUCCCUGCAACACCAUGGCUCUCCAACAACGUGUCCCUGCAACACCAUGUCCCUGCCUCACCAUGUCCCUGCCUCACCAUGUCCCUGCAACACCAUGUCCCUGCCUCACCAUGUCCCUACAACACCAUUUCCCUGCCUCACCAUGUCCCUGCCUCACCAUGUCCCUGCAACAUCAUGUCCCUGCAACACCAUGUCCCUGCCUCACCAUGGCCCUGCAACACCAUGUCCCUGCCUUACCAUGUCCCUGCAACACCAUGUCCCUGCCUCACCAUGUCCCUGCAGCACCAUGGCCCUGCAACACCAUGUCCCUGCCUCACUAUGUCCCUGCCACACCAUGUCCCUGCCUCACCAUGUCCCUGCAACACCAUUUCCCUGCCUCACCACGUCCCUGCAACACCAUAGCCCUGCCUCACCAUGUCCCUGCAACACCAUGGCCCUGCAACACCAUGUCCCUGCAACGCCAUGUCCCUGCAUCACUAUGUCCCGGUCAUACCAUGUCCCUGCAACACCAUGUUCCUGCCAAACCAUGUCCCUGCAACACCAUGGCCCUGCAACACCAUGCCCCUGCCUCACAAUGUCCCUGCCUCACAAUGUCCCUGCCUCCCAGCAACACCGUGUCCCUGCCACACCAUCUCCCUGCCUCACAAUGUCACUGCAACACCGAGUCCCUGCAACAACAUUUUCCUGCCUUACCAUGGCCCUGCCACACCGUGUCCCUGCCUCACAAUGUCCCUGCCUCACUAUGUCCCUGCCUCACUAUGUCCCGGCCUCAUCAUGCCCCUGCCACUCCAUGUUUCUGCCUCACCAUGUCCCUGCCUCACAAUGUCCCUGCCUCACUAUGUCCCUGCAACACCAUGUCCCUGCCUCACUAUGUCCAUGUAACACCAUGUCCCUGCCUAACUAUGUCCCUGCAACACCAUGUCCCUGCAACACAAUGCCCCUGCCACACCAUGUCCCUGCCAAACCAUGCCCCUGUUACAAUAUGUCCCUGCAACACCAUGUCCCUGCCUCACCAUGUCCCUGCCUCACAAUGUCCCUGCCUUACCAUGUCCCUGCAACCAUGUCCCUGCAACACCAUGUCCCUGCCUCACCAUGUCCCUGCAUCACUAUGUCCCGGUCUCACCAUGUCCCUGCAACACCAUGUCCCUGCAACACCAUGGCCCUGCAACACAAUGCCCCUGCCAAACCAUCUCCCUGCCUCACAAUGUCCCUGCCUCACUAUGUCCCUGCCUCACUAUGUCCCAGCAACACCGUGUCCCUGCCACACCAUCUCCCUGCCUCACAAUGUCCCUGCAACACCCGAGUCCCUGCAACACCAUCUCCCUGCCUUACCAUGGACCUGCCACAGCGUGUCCCUGCCUCACCAUGUCCCUGCCUCUUAAUGUCCCUGCCUCACUAUGUCCCGGCCUCAUCAUGCCCCUGCCACAACAUGUCCCUGCCACACCGUGUCCCUGCCACACCAUGCCCCUGCAACACCAUAUCCCUGCCACACCGUGUCCCUGCCUCACUAUGUCCCUGCCUCACUAUGUCCCGGCUUCAUCAUGCCCCUGCCACAACAUGUCCCUGCCACACCGUGUCCCUUCCACACCAUGCCCCUGCAACACCAUGUCCCUGCCUCACUAUGUCCCGGCCUCACUAUGUCCCUGCCUCAUCAUGUCCCUGCCACACCGUGUCCCUCCCACACCAUGCCACUGCAACACCAUGUCCCUGCCUCACCAUGUCCCGGCCUCACUAUGUCCCUGCCUCAUCAUGUCCCUGCCACUCCAUUCCCUGCCACACCGUUUCCCUGCCACACCAUGCCCCUGCAACACCAUGGCCCUGCAACACCGUGUCCCUGUCUCACUACGUCCCUGCCUCAUCAUUUCCCUGCCUCACUAUGUCCCUGCAACACCAUGUCCCUGCCUCACCAUGUCCCUGCCUCACUAUGGCCCUGCAACACCGUGUCCCUGCCUCACUAUGUCCCAGCAACGCCAUGUCUUUGCCUCACUAUGUCCCUGCAACAUCAUGUCCCUGCCUCACAAUGUCCCUGCCACACCAUGUCCCUGCCUUACUAUGUCCCUGCAACAUCAUGUCCCUGCCUCACCAUGUCCCUGCAACAUCAUGUCCCUGCCUCACAAUAUCCCUUCAACACCAUGUCCCUGCAACACCAUGUCCCUGCCUCACUAUGUCCCUGCCACAUCAUGUCCCUGCCUCACAAUGUCCCUGCCUCACUAUGUCCCUGCAACACCAUGUCCCUGCCGCACUAUGUCCCUGCAAUACCAUGUCCCUGCCUCACUAUGUCCCUGCCUCACUAUGGCCCUGCAACACCGUGUCCCUGCCUCACUAUGGCCCUGCAACAUCAUGUCCCUGCCUCACAAUGUCCCUGCCACACCAUGUCCCUGCCACACCGAGUCCCUGCCACACCGUGUCCCUGCCACAGCAUGUCCCUACCACACCAUGUCCCUGCCACACCAUGACCCUGCCAUACCGUGUCCCUGCCACACCAUGUCCCUGCCACAUCGUGUCCCUGCCACACCAUGACCAUGCCACACCGUGUUCCUGUCACACCAUGUCCCUGCCACACCGUGUCCCUGCCACACCAUGA